AUGGAGGAGGUGAUGGAGGAGGUGAUGGAGGAGGUGAUGGAGGACGUGAUGGAGGAGGUGAGGAUGGACGUGAUGGAGGAGGUGAUGGAGGAGGUGAUGGAGGACGUGAUGGAGGAGGUGAUGGAGGAGGUGAUGGAGGAGGUGAUGGAGGACGUGAUGGAGGAGGUGAUGGAGGAGGUGAAGGAAGAGGUGAUGGAGGACGUGAUGGAGGAGGUGAUGGAGGAGGUGAUGGAGGACGUGAUGGAGGAGGUGAUGGAGGAGGUGAGGAUGGACGUGAUGGAGGAGGUGAGGAUGGACGUGAUGGAGGAGGAGAUGGAGGAGGUGAUGGAGGAGGUGAUGGAGGAGGUGAUGGAGGAGGUGAUGGAGGAGGUGAAGGAGGACGUGAUGGAGGAGGUGAUGGAGGACAUGAUGGAGGAGGUGAUGGAGGACGUGAUGGAGGACGUGAUGGAGGAGGUGAUGGAGGAGGUGAUGGAGGACGUGAUGGAGGAGGUGAUGGAGGAGGUGAUGGAGGAGGUGAUGGAGGAGGUGAUGGAGGACGUGAUGGAGGACGUGAUGGAGGAGGUGAUGGAGGAGGUGAUGGAGGAGGUGAUGGAGGAGGUGAUGGAGGAGGUGAUGGAGGAGGUGAUGAGGAGGUGA